AUGGUCCGUCACAAGAAAGACUUCUCCUCCAAAGGAAAGAAAGGGGCCAACGGACCUCGAACCUACGCACAACACACAUACCCUGACCGCGAAAAUAGCCUGGGCGGCAACAAACGUCCACCUUUCAAAGCGGCGGCAUGGGAUCUGAAUCACUGCGAUGCGAAGAGAUGCUCGGGGAAGAGACUGAUGAGGCUAGGCCUGAUGCGCGAGCUACACGUCGGACAGAAACAUCAGGGAGUUGUUGUCAGUCCGAAGGCUAAGACCAUUCUAAGUCCGGCGGAUAAAGACAUCAUGGAGCAGUACGGCGCAGCAGUUGUAGAGGCGAGCUGGAACAGGAUAGAUGAGGUACCCUUCAAUCGCAUCGGAGGACCGAAUCCCAGACUUCUACCAUACCUAAUCGCUGCGAACCCUACAAAUUAUGGCAAACCCUGGCGGUUGAACUGCGUGGAGGCGCUGGCUGCUUGUUUCUACAUCUGUGGACGACCUGAGUGGGCGGAGGAGAUUCUGAGUACUUUCUCGUAUGGCGAGAGCUUUAUUGAGAUUAACAAGGAAGUGCUGGAUCGAUACGCGAAUUGCAAGGAUGAAGAGGAGAUCAAGAAGGCGGAGGAGGAGUGGUUGGCGAAGAUCGAGAAUGAGUGGAAAGAGGAUCGAGAAGCAAGAGAGGAGAAUCGAGAUGAUGCGUGGAGGGGUGGGAACAUGAAUCGGAGGACACGUAUUACUGGGAAGGAUUCAGACGAUGAGGAUGGCAGUGGCGACGAGGAUGAGGAGGAUGAUAGCGAUGCGAGCAGUAUGGGUGGCAUCGAUCUUGGAGGUCCAAAGCCGGGCGAGCAGCCGAAUGUACACGGGAAUACUUCAGAUGGCGAGGACGAAGACGAAGACCGUGACCCUUUCGAUCUACUACCAGACGACGAUGACGAGGAAGAAAUGGCAGAGCUCCGGCGAAGAGUCCUCGCGUCAAAACCUUUCUCCAAUCCCUCGAAACCUUCCACAAUCGACGAAGAAAGAAAGCAACCCGAACGCGUUCAGCGACCAUCAGAAUCAGGCAACCCACAACUACCCGAAGACUCCGACGCAGCAUCAGGAUCCGACAUUGGUGACGAAGACGAUGAGUUCGACAACAUCAUGAACGCAGCACCCAUCACAGAUCGAGCAGGAAUCUCUGCCGCUCAAAGAAAGCGAGCAAUCGAAAAGGAAGGCAAGCUGAGCGCAACAUUCUCAAGAGCGGUCGUAAAGGCGCCGGGUAAAUGGCCGCCGUAG